CAAAGGAGAUUUAAAUAUUGAUGUUUUCAACAAAUGUGUGGAAAGCAGUGACUCAAAGUAUUCAGAUUUACUUCCAUUUUUUAAAGAUAACCCCUAACCCCCAAAUGGCUCUGAACUUCUUUUUCAGAGUAGGGGAAAUGUCCUGUGGACAUGGGAUCAGUCUUUAUGGUCAGUGUUGCUGGCAUUGCAAUGAUUUCUGGAUUUGGUUUGACAAUGGCCACAGCUAAAAGGAAACAUCCAGGAUCCUUCAGUAAGGGAAUUCUUCCAAAUCCAUCAGUCAGCAUUCAUGAGAGUGGAGCAUCACUGGGAAUGCGUGCUUUACUUUGGGGAUCACUGUUUGCUGUGACUGGAUUUGGAACUUUGACCUUUGCAGUUUGUAAAGUUAUGGGAUUCAACUCUGUGGAGGAUUUCAAGAAAAAAUUUCAGUCAGUAGCACCCAGAGUUCGGAGAAAUCCAAACAGUGAACCAGAGGAGGUGACAUUGAGAAAGUUGCAUCAAGAAAUACUGGAGGAAGAUACUUGAAGUCCUGAGUAACUGUGACUGGCUUGUACUGAUGUAUGAUGCGUGCUAACUGGGCAUCUUUAAUUAAGGCUUCUGAAUGUUGGAGCUACCAUGAUAGGUCACAAAUACUUAUAGUCCUGAACCGUUUUUGUCUGUUCAUUUCCAAAAAAAUGUUAAUUGAAUAUCAAUAGUCACUUUGAUGACUGGAGGAAAAGUUCUCAGGUAACACUGACUUCCUACGAAGUAAACGUUGUUGUGUUGUUGGACAUUUUUUCAUGAUUGUUUUUCUGUCUUGGGGGGGGGCUGUGGUCAAAAUAAUGUAAGUAUUGCUAUGUAACAAGAUUUCUUUUUUGCUCUGAUUACUAUUAAAGUGAGAAUUUUGAUGUACAACUGAAAAAGAGCUGCAAAUUGAUGAAGAAUUAUUCAGAAUAAAAGUCUUGAGGUUAGAAUGCAUGUACAUGUAGUUGUUCUUUCAUAACCAUUUUUCUAGAUACAUGAACGUAAUGUAAGAUUGUGGAGUAACAGACAUGCUGGGAUCUCAUUUUUUCAAGGUUCUAGGAUUUGUCCACUUUUCUUACAUCUUUGAGGAGAAGUGAAACUUGAAAUGUUUUAUCAAAAGAUGUACAUAAAUGUACGUUCUCCAGAAACUUAAAGUACAUGUACAUAUAAAAAGGUCUACAAUCUAAAGAUUGAAAUUUGUCAUUUAUAUUCUAAUGGGAAAGAUUCUACAUGAAGCAGAAGCAAAUGAUUAUUUGUGAAGUAGGAUGAAGCUGUCUAGGGUGUGUGAAGGGGAUAUUAUGAGUCCUCUACCUGAUUCAAUGGUGUUCCCUGGAAUAUUUAUGCAGGGUUUUUCUUCCACCUUUAAAACUGAACAUUUCUUCAAUUGUCUUCGCCAUGGUCGCGUUUGUUCAUCCUUUAAUUGGCACUUGCAUGUUGGGUGAACCUGGAAUAAAGUUUGAAAUAUACAUGUACAGAAGUACAUUGGAUAAAGCUGUUGUGUCAAUAAUUUUUUGUCUUUUCACACGCAUCUGGGCGAAGUAUUAAUGCAAUGGAUAUGAAUGCGUCCCAUGUCGGCUAUGACGAUCUGUCAGUGCAGCACAACACUUGAAUCAUAUUCAAAAUUGUUCCAGGAGUUCUAACAAUUAUACUUAUAGUCCUGCUUAAUUUCUUGAGCCUUCUCGUUCUGUGAUGCACCAGUGAAAUUCAAGAGACCACCCAGACUUUUCUGAUGUCUCUUACCACAUUAGAUGUAUGUAAUGGAGUGUUCAAUGCAGUUCCUAACCUACUCGCUUGUAUUUUUAAAUGAUGGGUACUUGAAAAUCUUGUUUGUAUUUUAUGGAAAGUUGUGUAUUUUGCCAUCCUUUUUAGUGUAGAUCACUUUCUUGCUGUCGUUUAUUCACAUUGCUACUCAAAUUUAAUAACAGCAAUGAAGUCACAGAUCAUCACUACAUAAUUGUGGAAAUUGUUAGAAAAUCCUGAGUAGGCCUCUGGCAGGUCGGCCUCUGAUAAAUUAAUGAGCCUUUUCAAAAUCACUCGAGCAAAACAUAUUUCCAUUAGUUGACAGAAGCAAGGUGCCUCUGUAGUUUAUACAGACUGCUUUUGUUGUCCUUAUUCAGGGCAACAAUCAGAGCAUCUUCUCUUGAACCCGGUGUAUAGUACCAUGGAAGACGCUUUAUAUUGCCUCGGAACCAGCAGCUUGUAGAUUUUUGCUGAAAUCCCAUCCAUUCCUGGUGCCCUGUUGGAGUUUAUCUGCUAUGGUCUUCUUGUUUUCUUUGGCUGGGGAGGAUUAUCAAGCUCAUGAAGGGUAGGCUGCUGCUCCCAAUCUCGUUGGGAGCAGAGGGACACACAGAGAAAGGUUUAUUCAACAGGAUACUGAAGUGUUCAGCUUAGCGAUCUCUCAUCCUCUCCUGGUUCUUGAUCAGUGUCGAACUAUCUGCCGACAAAAAGGGCUUGGUCCUCAUCGUAGAGAUCUGUAGAAAAUUUCAGAACCUUAAAGAAGUCUUUUGAGUUUACGAAAAGUUUGUUCAAAACCGAUACAGUAGCGAGCUAACUCCUUGGUAACGAAAAUAAUUCUUCCAGGUCUGUCACAAUCGCCCCUUUUCAAUAGUGUGUGGACGGUCCAGGCUCCUAAAAUGAGCCAUUUCUGAUUUGAAAUAUUCUUCAUGUUUCCACCGCGUGGAAGAUCUGCCUACCGCUGUAAGCUUUUCUAACCGCUCCGUUUGAUCAAUUUAUUUUCAAUCGUCUUGUGUUAGAGUCUUUCUGAUUUAGAGUUUAUUGUUUUAGCAUAAUUUCUUAAGAUAAAUACUUCUUACUUACCUUUUGUUUACAUAUUAACAAUAGAUUAUGUGCAAUGUAUAAUUUAUUAGAUUGAGUCCUAAUGUGUGUAAAUCUUAUUUAUGCUCUGUUUAUGUGCAGGAUUUUGUUUUGCAUUGUUUUACUUCCACGUGUCUGGCAUACAAUAAAUCGGCGACCAGAGCUAAUAACCUA